ACAGAAAACCUGAAAACGGAACUGAAGCAGCUGCUCGGUUACUUGGCCUGAAGUGGCAGCGUCUGGAGGGGGCGCCGGGUGUGGCUGUGAAGAGCCGGAGCUCCAGCAUCCAGUAAAGAUGUGGAAGUCUGUAGUGGGACAUGAUGUAUCUGUUUCCGUGGAGACUCAGGGUGAUGACUGGGACACAGACCCCGACUUUGUGAAUGACAUCUCCGAGAAGGAGCAACGGUGGGGAGCCAAGACCAUUGAGGGCUCUGGACGCACAGAGCAUAUCAACAUCCACCAGCUGAGGAACAAAGUGUCGGAGGAGCAUGACAUUCUCAAGAAGAGAGAGCUGGAGGCGGGGCCUAAAGCAUCCCAUGGCUAUGGGGGUCGAUUUGGAGUGGAAAGAGACCGGAUGGACAAGAGUGCCGUGGGCCACGAGUAUGUUGCUGAUGUGGAGAAACACUCGUCUCAGACUGAUGCUGCCAGAGGUUUUGGGGGCAAAUAUGGAGUUGAGAGGGACCGGGCAGACAAGUCAGCGGUGGGCUUUGACUACAAAGGAGAAGUGGAAAAGCAUGCAUCUCAGAAAGAUUACUCUCAUGGCUUUGGUGGCCGCUACGGGGUAGAGAAGGAUAAACGAGACAAAGCAGCUCUGGGAUACGACUACAAGGGAGAGACGGAGAAGCACGAGUCUCAGCGAGAUUAUGCCAAGGGCUUUGGUGGCCAAUAUGGAAUCCAGAAAGACCGAGUGGAUAAGAGCGCUGUUGGCUUCAAUGAAAUGGAGGCCCCAACCACGGCAUAUAAGAAGACAACACCCAUAGAAGCUGCUUCCAGUGGCGCCCGUGGGCUGAAGGCAAAAUUUGAGUCCAUGGCUGAGGAGAAGAGGAAGCGAGAGGAAGAAGAGAAGGCGCAGCAGAUGGCCAGGCAGCAACAGGAGCGAAAGGCUAUUGUAAAGAUGAACCGCGAAGCUCAGCAGCCAUCCAUGCCUGUGGAAGAGCCGGCGGCGCCAGCCCAGUUGCCCAAGAAGUUCUCCUCAGAGGUCUGGCCUCCAGCAGAGAGUCACCUACCGUCAGAGUCUGAGCCGGUGAGAAGCAGAAGGGAACAACCUGUGCCCUCUCUGCCCACGAGGCAGUCUCCACUACAGAAUCCCCUGGAGGACAAUGAGGAGCCCCCAGCCCUGCCCCCUAGGACCCCAGAAGGCCUCCAGGUGGUGGAAGAGCCAGUGUAUGAAGCAGCACCCGAGCCUGAGCCUGAGCCUGACUAUGAGGAUGUUGGGGAGCUAGACCAGCAUGAGGAGGAUGCAGAGGGAGACUAUGAGGAUGUCCUGGAGCCUGAGGACACCCCUUCUCUGUCCUACCAGGCUGGACCCUCAGCCAGGGCUGGUGGUGCAGGAAUCUCUGCUGUAGCUCUGUAUGAUUACCAAGGAGAGGGAAGUGAUGAGCUUUCCUUUGAUCCAGAUGACGUCAUCACUGACAUUGAGAUGGUGGACGAAGGCUGGUGGCGGGGCCAAUGCCAUGGCCACUUUGGACUCUUUCCUGCAAACUAUGUCAAGCUCCUCUAGUGACCAGCCCAUUGUCUUUUAACUCCCUGUGUUCGAAGCUGCUCUGCCUCCCUCUUCCCUCUCCAUGGUACUGCUGCAAGGACCUAACUGUAUGUCGUGGGAAGCCUGAAGUUCUAGCAGUCUGUCUCCUGCCCCUUUAAGAGUUUUAGGUAGAACCGCUAGAGGCAGGUGUGGGGGUGGGGGUAGAGGGUAGGUAUCCUUCUGUCCCUCUGUGUCCACUCUUCCCUGGAGUAGCUCAUGAAAUCAUCUUGUAGCCCUGCCUCCUCCAACCACACCCCAACUCUUCUGUCCUCUCUCUAGAGUGCUGGGAUUCCCUCACCCCCACUCUGGGUGCCAGCCUAGAGGGGAGGCUCUCACUGGGCUGCCUGAUUCGCCCUGUUGUGCUUUUGCUCAGUUUUCUUCCCUUAGCAGUCACAUUGGAAAUGCCCUUCUGUUUAGUCCUAAAACUGAAAAUAAAGCAAGACCGUGGCUUAGCUUUGUA